AGUAUUUCUAACUCUCGUGGAGCACGAACAGCAGUGUGAGCUGACAGCGGUAUUUUUCAUGAUAACACGACAUUCGACGUAGCGUUUAUUUAUUUUUCUAUUAAACUUCAACAUGUCUAUAUUUACGCCGACAAAUCAAAUCCGUUUGACUAACGUGGCGGUGGUGAGGAUGAAGAAAGGAGGGAAGAGGUUUGAAAUCGCCUGUUAUAAGAACAAAGUUAUGAGCUGGAGAACAGGAGCGGAGAAAGAUCUGGAUGAAGUUCUGCAGACAAAUUCAGUCUUUAUCAAUGUGUCUAAAGGUCAGACGGCUAAGAAAGAGGACUUGAACAGAGCUUUCGGGACGGAUGAUCUCACAGAAAUCUGCAAACAGAUCCUGGCCAAAGGAGAGCUGCAAGUGUCUGACAAGGAGAGGCAGAGUCAGCUGGAGACCAUGUUCAGAGACAUUGCGACUAUUGUGGCAGAUAAGUGUGUCAACCCAGACACCAAAAGGCCGUACACCGUCAAUCUUAUAGAGCGGGCGAUGAAGGACAUCCACUACUCUGUCAAGCCAAACAAGAACACAAAACAGCAGGCUCUGGAAGUGAUCCGGCAGCUGAAGGAAUCCAUGCAGAUCCAGAGAGCUCACAUGAGGCUGCGGCUGAGGCUUCCCGCCAAGGAGGCCAAGAGGCUGAAGGAGAAGCUGAAGCCGCUCCUGGAGGUUGUGGAGAGUGAAGACUUUGAUGAUGAGCUGGAAAUGGUGUGUCUGGUGGAUCCCGGCUGCUUCAGGGAGAUGGAUGAGCUGGUCCGCUGUGAGACCAAAGGCCGAGGUUUUGUGGAGGUCCUCAGUCUGAAGGAUGUGGAGGAGGGAGAUGAGAAACUAUAGUAACUGAACCUUCCAGGACUCUGUACCUUAUCCACACUGAUGUGCUUCCCUGCAGCUCACAAAAAAACAUAUUUAUGAAGGUGUUCAGCUUAUUUUAGCCACUCUUACAUACCAGCAGCUGUUUUCAAAGGGUUUAUUUGACUUUUAUUGUUUUGACAGACUUGUAUAAGGGUGAGGGGGGAAUAAUUUGAGUACUUACUGCUAACCUUCAAGUUUAUUGGGUAAUUCUGGGCUUAAUUUUGGACCAUUUACAUUACUAAAGGACUACAAAACAUCAGCUUCCUGUCAGAUGUUGUGUGUUAUGUAGUCAUGCCCAAUAGAUAAUUUCUUUUAAAAAAUAAUUUAUAUUUUCAUAAUGACUGCAUUUGCAUUUAAACAAAUAAAUAUUUAAUGCAAUAUCA